AUGGUUCAUCCCGAUCAGCAACUGGGGCGGGGGCGUGGUUGCUGCCCUCCCUCCCCCCGCCGUGCCCCCCUCUCUGAGGGUGCCGCCCCCUGCGUCCUCAGGAACUACGCCCCCACCAUCCUGGUGCAGGACGAGGCGGUGCGGGCCGGGUGCCAGCAGGCCCUGUGGCUCUACGGGGACGAUCACCAGAUCACCGAGGUCGGCACCAUGAACAUCUUCCUCUUCUGGACGGACCCGCAGGGCGACCUAGAGCUGGUGACCCCCCCGUUGAACGGCAUCAUUCUGCCCGGGGUGACCCGGCGGAGCCUGCUGGACUUGGGGCGCAAGUGGUACGGCCGCGUGCCCAGCGACUGGGUGCUGCCCGUCUGA